CCGCAUCUUCCUUCAGGCCCUCAUCUUCCUCACUGUCCGCUCGGCUUACACUCUAUCCGAAGUACGCACAGGAUGGCGCUGGGAAAAUCGCUGCAAAGGUUGGCAACAUGUACAUGCAGUGAGUACAUUUUGCCUACCUCUAGAAGCUGCUUCCUGAUACUUCCUAGGACAAGCCACUCGGACAUGCCGCUGGAACUCAACCACAGCUGGUAACCCUGCCGCAACCAGCAGUUCAAACAAGACUAUCUUUGAGUCGGACGAGUCCGCAUGGGACCAUGUCUUCAAAGACAUUGAUAUGUCCUCGGCAAGCAUCCUCUCCAGCAGCACAAGUUCUCGCAAGGCACAACGUCACAAAAUGACCAGACACGAGCUCUCAGCUUUUGAUGAGAUGUUCAACAUGAUCUUCGAAACCUACAACGAAAUGAAGGGACCUUCCGCUGGAACUUCCGAGGCGAUGGCAGGAGUGGGCAACAGCCCUACUCUGAGCACGCUCACAGACCGCCUCCGGCAGCACAGCAGAAACGUCAAGUGGACGAGCGACGCUGAUCAGGAGCUCGACCGGAAGAAGGAGGAGAUGGAUCUGUGCGACACGGACCAGCAGCUACUCGACUGGGCUAUGCGCGAAGUGUUUGGCGAGUCACAGCGAUACGAGGCUGCGGCACGCAAGGCCAUGGCGGAGUUGCCUUCAAGCCAACAGGGAAUGCCCCUGCAGGCGCUGUCGUACCCGUAUGUGAUUGCGCACCUCAUGCGGACGUUCCGUGACAAGUACGGCGAUCCGCAUCUCGCCCUAUCCCUCUUUGACCACGCACGGCACCUGAGUACUGCGUCGUACGUAUUCGGCUGCACGACGCCUGCGUAUAACGAGCUCAUCGAGACGCGCUGGCGCUGCUUCCGUGACGUGCGGGGCGUAUGCGACGCCCUGGAGGAGAUGCAGGUGAACGGCAUCGAGAUGGAUACGCAGACGCGAGGCCUGGCCGAGAGAGUCCGCCGGGAGGUUGGAGAGCGUAAUCUAUGGGAGGAGGAGACGGCGCUGAACAGCGGCGAAGUGUGGGCAAUUAUCGGGCGGAUUGAACGGCUGAUCGCAGGGGAGAGCUCGAGUUUGAAGCGGCCAAAGACGUCGCAGGAGCAGGACAGGAAACCGCGACGAGAAAAGAAAUGGACGAACACCUCGGAGUCGUGGAAGCAGGAGGCAGCGCGACAAGGCCCGGAGAGCACGUACGAGUUUGGCAAGUGGGAGGAGAUACAGUAGCGAGUUCAUUAAUGAUGCAUAGUGGUUAAUUUACAUGGUCCGCCUGAUUAUCUUGCACGACGAUCUCAGCUGUGGUGACGCAGCGAGCUCGUUGCAGUCGUGUGCGUUUGGUCCUGCUGCCUCAUGCCGCCGAGACAGACUAUCAGCAAGUCUAUCCAGCGUGGACUGCGAUCGAGCCGAAUCCGGCAUCCGUCGUCGGUCCGUCGGGGCUGGUGGGCGGAUCACUUGAACGCAGCCCCUGAGGCCCGAGGGGCGAGGAGCUCGGUGCCGAGGACAGCGUCGAGGACUGAAAGCUGGGCGCGCUGUGCUCGUUCCGCGCGAGAGUCGUGGUCGCGUGUGUGUUCUGGGAUCUGGGCGUGUGGAUCGACCCUAUAUGAAAAGGGGGAGGCG